AAAAAGAGGAGGGCUCGACUCAAUGUCGACCAAAACACAGUAGAGCCGUAGAGGGCAGUGGAGCCGUGGCCCGUGGAAGAAGAGAGAGGAACAUGGAAUUAGGGUUUAAGAACUUUCCUUCUCUGUCCCUCACUGGGUAGUCCAAUUACCAGCUUUUGGGUCGCUCAGAGGAUUUGAAUGUAUUCUUUUGGAAUUUGUGUGCAUCCUUAACAUGUAUGAACUUUGAGUAAGGGUGAAAUAAUGGCGUCGAUACCAUCGAAAAAUACAUGGAUGCGGCGGCAGCAAUGCCCCUGUGGGGAUUGGAAGUGUUUUGUUACAUAUGAUGGGGAUGCUGAAGAAUCAGCUGCAGCAUCUCAAUUGGUUAAAAAUGGUAGUUCAUCAUUUGAAGGAAUGGUUGCUCCUUAUGUGGGAAUGGUAUUUAAGAGUGAUGAAGAUGCAUUUGAGUACUAUGGCAAUUUUGCCAGGAAGAAUGGGUUUUCGAUCAGGAAAGAGCGCUCAAGAUUGAGCCCACAGUUGGGUAUUUAUAAAAGGGAUUUCGUAUGCUAUCGUAGUGGCUUUGCGAGAAAAAGGCCUACCGCAGAGCACCAAAGGGAUCGGAAGUCAGUUCGAUGCGGUUGUGAUGCGAAGAUGUACUUGUCGAAGGAGGUAGUUGAGGGCGAUUGUCAGUGGUUUGUCAUACAGUUUAGUAAUGUGCAUAAUCACGAAUUGUUGGAAGAUGAUCAAGUUCGUCUCCUUCCUGCUUACCGUAAGAUUAACGAGGCUGAUCAAGAGCGAAUACUUUUGCUUUCCAAAGCUGGGUUUCCAAUACAUCGUAUAGUUAAAGUGCUGGAGCUGGAAAAAGGUAUCCAAGGUGGACAAUUGCCCUUUCUAGAGAGGGAUGUAAGAAAUUUUGUUCAGAAUCGUAAGAAACUGGUUCAAGAGAAUGAUGCUUUACUCUGCGAGAAAAGAGAAAAUGAUACAGGAGAGCUUCUUGAGGCGUGCAGGGCCACAAAAGAGGGGGAUCCGUACUUUGUCUAUGAUGUUACCAUGGACGAGAAUGAUAAGGUUGAGAACAUUGCUUGGUCAUAUGGAGACUCUGUUCAGGCGUACACCGUGUUUGGUGAUGUAGUUUAUUUUGACACAACAUAUCGCUCAAUCACCUACGGCAUGCUUUUUGGAGCAUGGCUUGGCAUUGACAACAAGGGUAAAACUGUCCUCUUUGGUGGUACUCUGUUGCAGGAUGAAACGCCCCGUUCGUUUGUAUGGGCUUUGCAGACUUUUGUCCGAUUUAUGAAAGGGAUACGUCCGCAGACAAUUCUAACUGAUCUGGACCCUGGGCUUAGAGAAGCCAUAAGAAGUGAACUACCAAAUACUAAACAUGUUGUUUCUAUUUGGAACAUUCUUCCCAAGCUAUCAUGUUGGUUCUCUCUCCCACUUGGACCCAGGUGUGCAGAAUUUAGAACUCAGUUUGAGGCUUUAUAUCUUCUGGAUAGUGCUGAGGAUUUUGAAUAUCAAUGGAAUCAAAUGGUUGGUCAAUACGGAAUUAAUUCAGACAAACACAUGGCAUUACUCUUCUCUCUCCGUACAUCUUGGGCAUUUCCCUACACAAAAGGUUGCUUUCUAGCUAGAAUGGCAACAAGUGGAUAUUCAAAGUCUGUUGAAGCAUUCUUGAGAGGGGUCUUCAGUGCACAGAUAUGCUUGCGCAGUUUUUUUGACCAGGUUGGGAAUUAUGCAUCUCAUAAAAUUCAGGCAAGUGAAGAGAUGCAGUAUAUGCAUAUCAGGACAUGCUUACCCAUUGAAGAGCAUGCACGUAGUAUUUUUAGCCCUUUUGCUUUCAGGGCAUUCCAGCAUGAAUUAGUGCAGGCUAUGCAAUAUGCUUCAUCGGAAAUGGCUGAUGGAUCGUAUGUUUUACGCCACUUCAAGAAGAUGGAUGGAGAGCGUCUGGUUAUUUGGAUACCGGAAGCGGAACAAAUUCACUGUUCCUGCAAGGAGUUUGAAUCUUCUGGAAUCUUAUGCAGACAUGCUCUUCGCAUCCUUCUGAUAAAGAACUAUUUUCAACUUCCAGAGAAAUAUUUGCCAAGUCGAUGGCAGAAAGAAAGUUCAUUGGCUCCUUAUGAUAAUCUGGGUGACCAGAAUGCCAGUGACGAAUGGUUUCAAGAAUUCCGUUCCCUAACUGGAACUCUCUUCACAGAAUCAUCAAUCACAAAGGAGCGCGCUGAUUUCGUUCAUAGAGAACUCUCAAAAGAACUUAAGAGGCUCAUUAACGAGGUGACAAAUAUGCCACCGAGUGAUGGAGUUGCUAUGGAUUUGACUGUUUCACCCACUGGAUAAUUAUGGAUGCUCCCUAUGGUGGCAAAUGCAACCGGCAGAGAUUCUUUUUUCAAUUUGAGGGAGGGACACAUUAUAGUCAGCAAGCGAUGAAAAGCCGAAAAUGGGUCUUUGACUUCCGAGUGUAGACCUUUUGGCGAAUGAGAAGCUAGUAUGAAAGAUUUGGCUAAUCAACAUUGCAUUUUAGAAUGCUGAAUGUAUAUCUACUAGCACGUAUUCAAGGCGACCGAUAACUUAAUGUGCAAAGAAUGUGGUCGAGUAGAAUUUGCUGUAGUCUAGGCGAAGCGGAAGCCAUAGUCAGCAAGAAGUUAGCAUAUCGAAAAACUUGUAGGCUAUAAAAUGUAAUAUAGCUCAGCCUAAGAAGAAUGAAGAUGUCCUUUUUGCGUAA